UCUCGAACGUUCACAGAGCGGGACGCUGGAGUGAGAUGGACGGCGCCAAGGACGAGGCCGCGCCGGUCGACUGCCUGCAAAAGAAGGCUAUUUACGACCACUGCUUUGAUCUGUGGUACAAGGACAUCUUUCUCAAGAACAAGAGCAAGGGCAAACUCGGCUGCCAAGAGCUCUACAAGGAGUACUCAGCGUGCAUGAUGGACGAGCUCAAGGCUGACUUGCCCCUCGUUCAGAGCAUUCGCGCCGAGAUGAACCCCGAGCACACGGCGCAGUGGAUCGGGAAGGACCUUCCGAAUCCCAACGCCAAGGCGACGCCCGAGAAAGCAUAAUAAUUUUUCUGUAAUACCAUUCAUGUACCCAGGA